AUGAAUUUAUUAGAUAUAUUAGAUUAAUCAAAACGAUAAUUAGGUGAUAAACUAUAUGAAUUUAAGUUAAUACAUAGUUUAACAUCCAAAUUUAUAACAGAAAAAUUAACUUUAAGGAAUUUAAUGUUUUCAUGUUAAAAAUUUGGAGGAUUAAUCGCUUCUUUGAAAUAAAGAAACGAAAUAAUAGUCUCAAAUGCAAGCCCUGAUAUAUUAAAAUGUGUAUGCUUUUUUAAUAAUGAUGGUACUAUAUACCAUAGUAUUCCUUUCGAAUAAAAAUCUUAGAUACUUGCUUUUGAAUUUUUAGAUAAUGAUUAUUUAAUAUUAAUAUAAUAAGAUGCUAAUUAUUAUAUAUUUGACCCUUAUAAAUACUCUACGUAAUAAUAUUAGUAAAAAAGCCUAGCGGAGAUUUUCAAAAUAUAAGAAUCUUUAAUAAAUGCAAAAGUAUAUAAGAACGGUUUUAUUUUUUGUACUUAAAAAAAAAAUGAGAUUCGUUUUUAUUCAAUACAAGAUGCUUUUUUCCCUGAAAAAAUAACGUUUUUUGUCGAUUCUUUUUUAAAGGAAAUACCAAGAGAUUGGCAGAUUUUACCAUAAAAACUCGAGGUAUAAAUUACACAUUAAGAUAAUGGAAUUAUUCUACUUUCCGAAAAUAAUAGAAGUUUAUUUUACUCGUAGGAAUCUUUACCAUCUAUUAGAAAUAUCAUCUAAAUAAGCAUUUCUUUAAAGGGAAAUCUCGCAGCUUAUUUAUAAUAAAAUACUGAAAAUUCACUUACUGUAAAUAUACUAUCUAAUGAUUACAAAUAGACAGUUUAUUUCAAAAAUUAAAUUAAUAUAUCGAAUAUAUAAGCAUAAAAUACUAACAAAUAAUUAUAAAUCUAAAUGUAAUGGUGUGGAGAAGACUGUCUUAUCCUUAAGAUAUUCGAUUUUCUGAUCAUGGUAGGCCCAAGAGACACUGAAACAAUAAAAAUGCCUGAAGACUUUAUUUUUUUCCCAGAAAUAGAUGCAAUAAAAAUAAUAACAAAAAAUGAACUUUAACUCUUAAGAAAGGUACCAGAUUCUUACUUGAAUAUUUUCAAAAAUUUUUCGAAUAAACCAGGUUGCUAAUUAUUAGAAAAUUAUAAAAAAAUCCAAUAAAACAUUUCUUAUGAAGACUAAGAUUUACGUUAAAAUAAACAAAAUCUACAGGAAGCUAUUUAUGAUUGUAUAUAAGCUUCAACAUACGUAACAGAAUUCGAAAUUUAAAAUGAAUUAUUGAAUGCGGCUAGUUACGGGAGAACUUUUUUAAUUGAAAAUGAACAAAAUAGUAGUUUUUUUUAAGAAACGUGUAAAAUAAUACGAGUUUUAUUUAAUUUUGAUUAAAAAGAACCUAGAAGAAUACUUACAUGUGAAUAAAUGAAGUUUUUAAUAUAAAAUUUUAGUGAUUUGUUGAUUCCUAAGCUUUUAAAAUAUAAACUACAUAAUUUAGCAGUUUAGAUUUGUAGAAAUUUUAAUAAAGAUGAAGUUUUUUUAAUAUAUGAAGAUUGGGCAAUUACCAUAAUUGAGAAAAAUGAAGACGAAGAUAAAAUAAUGGAAAAAAUUAUAAGUUUUUUUCAAAAAAAACAGUCAGAAAUUUCCUUUAUUUUAAUCGCAAAAAAAGCCUUUUAAAAAAAUUUAAAAAAUCUCGCAAUUUAAUUGAUUUCCUUUGAAAAUUUAAUCUAAAAAAGAAUUCCUUUUCUAUUAUGGAUGGCUAAUGAAGAAACAGACGAACUUAAAUCAUUCUUUUAUUUCGAAAAAGCAUUAAAUGAUACUUUUUAAUAGAAAGAUUUUGACCUUUUGUAUGAAAUUUUCUUUUUUUUAGACAAUACAUUGGCACUCUCAGCUGAUUUAAAGCUUAAGUUAUUAUAAUAGAGACCUGAAUAUGUAUAUAUGUACACUAAUAUGCUCAAAGUUAAAACUUUAAAUCAAAACAAGUAAUUAAUCGAACAAAACAAGAAGAACUUGAGUACUUUUUUAGAAAAAACUAGACAGUUUGGGGAGAGAGGAGCCUUUUAUUUACAAGAGUAAUUUUCUUAUGACUUAAAUACGGAAAGUCUUAUAAAAAUACUGCUAGAUAAAUACGAUUUUCUGAAAAUAUCGGAAGAAUCAUUUAAAUAAUUUUAAGAAGAUCAAUUUUAUAAUAAUGCAAUUUGCGAGGAAUUCGCGAAAAUUUCAUUUUUACUUUAAAACGAGAAACCUGAAGAAAAAAAGGACUUAAAAAGUAUAGAAAAAGAAAAAAACGACAAAUUUUAAUUAGACAAUUAGUCAUUAAAUUCCCAUUUAAUAAAAAAUAUACUAUAAAAUGGUAAUAAUAAUGAUUUUAAAUAAAUAUAAAAAUAAUUCAGUAAUGUAGGUGAAAAGAGGCUCUUUUUAUUAAAAUUAAGAAGUCUUUUUGAUAAUAAAAAUACAGCAGAAAUAGAAUAUUAUAUAAAAGAAAUAAAUAAGAAAAAAACAGUAAUUCCAUAUGAAUUUGUGGCUUAAGAACUAAUCAAAAUAAAUGAAAAAGGUAGCGCGAUUAGAAUUAUUUUAGAAAUGUAAGAUUUGGAAGAAUAAAUAUUAUUAUUAAUAAAAAUUGGAGAAAGUAAAUAAGCGAUUAAAAGUGCGGUAUAAAGUAAGAAAAAUUAAAGCUAUUUUAUAGAUUUAAUUAAAUAGUAAAUAUAUGAUAAGGAUUUAAUUAAUUAUAUGGAAAAUUAAAUAAUAUAAUAAUAAUAAUAAUAAAAUAAUAAAAAAUGA